AUGUCGGAGAAAUAUCUAAGCCAGAUCUAUUACGAUCCAGAAAGCCCCGCAAGUUUUGGUGGCGUAGAUUCCGUUUAUCGCGCCGUGAAAAACGAAGGGAAAUAUGAGAUAUCGCGGAAUAAAAUACGCCAAUGGUUACAAAAGCAAGAUGCCUAUUCAUUGCAUAAACCUGUCAGAUAUCGCUUCAGGCGUAACCGUGGUAUAGUUGGAGCCAUGGAUGAUGAGUGGGAGGCAGACUUAGUCAUUAUGGAUUCAUUAAGUCAACAGAAUAAUGGGUACAAGUACGUUUUAACUGUUAUUGAUGUACUCAACAAAUAUGCAUAG